AUGGAGCCCCGGGCUGGCGCGACGGGCCAGCCGGAUCCUGCGCCGGCGUCCUCCUCCUUCCAGGCCCGGCUCUGGAGGAACCUACAGCUGGGGGUGGGCAAGAGCAAGGGCGGCGGGGGCGGGCGCGCGGGGGGUCCGGAGCGCCGCACUGCGGACACCCCGUCGGCCUCCCCGCCGCCCCCGGGGGGCACGCGGGACGCCCAGGCCGGCGGGGGUGGAGCCGGCAGCAGGUGGAUCGGCUUCAAGAAGCGGAAGCAGGUGCUGGACCGAGUCUUCUCCUCCUCCCAGCCCAACCUGUGCUGCUCUUCGCCGGAGCCCCUGGAGUCCGGCGACGCCGGCAGAGCAGAACAGGGGUCCACCCUGCGCCGCCGGAUCCGGGAGCAUUUGCUCCCCGCCGGAAAGGGGCUCUCACCAGCCGCGGGAGCAGCCGGAGUGACGCCUCCUGGCGGACGCUCUCCAGACUCGGCUCCGUCUUCUUCCUCCGCCUCGUCCUCCCUGUCCUCCUCGCCCCAGCCACCACCGAGGGUGGACCGUGCCCGAGAUGAGGGUGCACGGCAUAGGGGCCCUGGGGCGCACUUGUGCCAUCAGAAGAGCUCCUCUCUGCCGGGAACUGCCUGCCUGGAACAGCUCCUGGAGCCAGCACCACCUCCCGCAGAGCCAGCGCGGAGCCCCGCGGAGCCCCGGUCCUCGGAGAAGGGCGAGGAGCGCGACAGCAGCCAGAAAAUAAAUACUGCUGGGACCAGUAAUGCAGAUGUCCCUUUGGCCGAUCCCGGAAUGUACCAGUUGGACAUUACAUUAAGAAGGGGUCAAAGUUUAGCUGCCCGUGAUCGAGGAGGGACAAGUGAUCCAUACGUGAAGUUUAAAAUUGGAAGAAAAGAAGUUUUUAGAAGUAAGAUAAUACACAAGAACCUCAACCCUGUGUGGGAAGAAAAAGCUUGCAUUCUUGUUGAUCAUCUUAGGGAGCCAUUGUACAUAAAGGUAUUUGACUAUGAUUUUGGACUACAGGAUGACUUUAUGGGCUCAGCCUUUCUGGAUCUUACACAACUGGAGUUAAACAGGCCCACAGAUGUGACCCUCACUCUGAAGGAUCCCCAUUAUCCCGACCAUGACCUUGGGAUCAUUUUGCUCUCGGUGGUUCUUACCCCUAAAGAGGGAGAGUCCAGGGACGUGACAAUGCUAAUGAGGAAGAGUUGGAAAAGAUCAAGUAAGGAACUCUCAGAAAAUGAAGUGGUUGGAUCUUAUUUCUCUGUGAAGUCUUUCUUUUGGAGGACGUGCGGCAGGCCUGUUCUUCCUGUCCUGGGCUUCUGCAGAGCAGAGCUUCAGAGUCCUUAUUGCCAAAACACACAAUUUCAGACCCAAAGUUUACGUCUGUCAGACCUACACAGAAAAUCACAUCUUUGGAGAGGAAUAGUCAGCAUCACCUUGAUUGAAGGGCGAGACCUCAAGGCCAUGGAUUCCAAUGGGUUGAGUGACCCCUAUGUGAAGUUCCGGCUUGGGCAUCAGAAGUACAAGAGCAAGAUUAUGCCAAAAACUUUGAAUCCUCAGUGGAGGGAACAAUUUGAUUUUCAUCUCUAUGAAGAAAGAGGAGGAAUCAUUGAUAUCACUGCGUGGGACAAAGAUGCUGGUAAAAGGGAUGAUUUCAUUGGCAGGUGCCAGGUCGACCUGUCGGCCCUCAGUAGGGAACAGACACACAAGCUGGAGCUGCAGCUGGAAGAGGGUGAGGGGCACCUGGUGCUGCUGGUCACUCUGACAGCCUCAGCCACAGUCAGCAUCUCUGACCUGUCUGUCAACUCCCUGGAGGACCAGAAAGAGCGGGAGGAGAUAUUAAAGAGAUAUGGCCCAUUGAGGGUAUUUCACAACCUGAAAGAUGUGGGAUUUCUCCAGGUGAAAGUCAUCAGAGCAGAGGGGUUGAUGGCUGCUGACGUCACAGGUAAAAGUGACCCAUUCUGUGUAGUAGAACUGAACAAUGAUAGACUGCUAACGCAUACCGUCUACAAAAAUCUCAAUCCUGAGUGGAACAAAGUCUUCACGUUCAACAUUAAAGAUAUCCAUUCAGUUCUUGAAGUGACAGUUUACGAUGAAGAUCGGGAUCGAAGUGCUGACUUUCUGGGCAAAGUUGCUAUACCAUUGCUGUCUAUUCAAAAUGGUGAACAGAAAGCCUACGUCUUGAAAAACAAGCAGCUGACAGGGCCAACAAAGGGGGUCAUCUAUCUUGAAAUAGAUGUGAUUUUUAAUGCUGUGAAAGCCAGCUUACGAACAUUAAUACCCAAAGAACAGAAGUACAUUGAAGAGGAAAACAGACUCUCUAAACAGCUGCUACUAAGAAACUUUAUCAGAAUGAAACGUUGUAUCAUGGUGCUUGUAAAUGCUGCAUACUACGUUAAUAGUUGCUUUGAUUGGGAUUCACCCCCAAGGAGUCUGGCUGCUUUUGUGCUCUUUCUCUUUGUUGUCUGGAACUUUGAGCUCUACAUGAUACCGCUGGUUUUGUUGUUACUAUUGACAUGGAACUACUUCUUGAUAAUAUCAGGGAAAGAUAACAGGCAACGUGAUACAGUAAUGGAGGACAUGCUAGAGGACGAGGAAGAAGAAGAUGACAAAGAUGACAAGGACAGUGAAAAAAAGGGAUUUAUAAAUAAAAUCUAUGCCAUCCAGGAAGUAUGUGUCAGUGUCCAGAACAUCCUAGAUGAAGUGGCUUCCUUUGGCGAAAGGAUAAAGAAUACUUUCAACUGGACUGUCCCGUUCUUAAGCUGGCUGGCCAUUGUAGCCCUCUGUGUGUUCACAGUUAUCCUGUACUUCAUUCCACUGAGAUACAUUGUCCUUGUCUGGGGCAUCAAUAAAUUUACAAAAAAGCUUCGGAGUCCAUAUGCAAUUGACAACAAUGAACUACUUGACUUCCUUUCCAGAGUCCCUUCAGAUGUACAAGUGGUGCAAUACCAAGAACUGAAACCAGAUCCUUCUCAUAGCCCAUAUAAAAGGAAGAAAAACAAUCUUGGCUAGCCAGCUCCCAGCACUGAGGAGACCAGCAUCUGUUUGGGAAGAUAAAAGAAAAAGCCUUCAGCCUCAGCAGCAUUUCCUUUCUUUCUGCUUUUUAUUUAUUUUGCCUUUUUAUCAUGAUUGAGAGAAUUUGUAAAUAGUGUACAAAGGCAUAUGUCUUUGAAAAUAUACUUCUAUUGUACAGACUCAACUUGAUAAAGGUUUAGCUACUGCUGUGUGAAAGCCUUGUUAGCUCUGGAUAAUAAUAUAACACUGAAAGAACAAAUGUAAGAAUGACAACAGAGGAAGAUACACAUUUCUCUAAUUACAAGUGGAAGAACCCCGAAUAUUAGAUUAAAUACUCAACUGUGCUGAUUAAAUCUACAUAAAUUGUAAAUGUCAAUUUGAUUUUAGUUUUUUUUAAAUGUGACUAUUUUUUAUCUGAAAAGUAAUCCAUUACAGUUUUUCUAUGUUUUAUACAUUUCAAAAGGGAGGGAAAUCCCAAAGCCUGAAUAAUGGAACGGAUGCAUUUCAAUUUAACAUAGAUUCUGACUUUAGAUCCUGACAUUCAAUCCUGUGCAAAUUACUUAGGUAUGACUAGGCUGAUUUUAAAGCUAGUGAGUGAAGGUACAUUCACCCCCCCCCUUAAGAAAAUCUGCAACACUCAAAACGUGCAAACUUUCUAUCAUUCCAUCUAAAACCUUAAAAUCUCUACAGGACUACACAACAUAAAUACUGCCAGGUUUAUAAACGACUGCCUAUCUGAAUUUUUAUACCGACCACUACUCUAAUUUGUACCAAGUUAGCAAAUUAGCAACUUAUUUCAGUUGUCAAAAAUACUAGCAAACUAUAUCCAUAUUGCUUUUGGUGUCAGAGUAUACCUUUGUGCAUCUGAAAAUAUUUUAAUACUCAAGUGUUCUCAAAG